AUGCCACCUCCACGUCCUGAGAUCCAUCCCUUUGCGGGUCGCAUCGGCGGCAAUCAAGAACUUGUACUUGAUCGUGACGAUCCAAAUAAUGCUGACAAAUUGGACAAGGCGCCCGAUGCGGCACCACAGAUGACUGCCCAGGAAGGGCUCAGCUUGCAAGGUUUCUUGAACCUCGACUAUUGGAGAUUUGGACUCGUCGAAUGCAUAGGCACCAUGUUGGAUGUUUUUGUAACGGUAUGGCUAGCUAUACGUCCGAAUUCAGCUUCAGUUACCCCAACAGGACCGUCUGGUGUUUACGGAACGACCAAUUUUCUAGGUCCCAUUUUCGGUGGCCUCGGUAGCUGGAUAUUUCUGACCCUAUUCAUCUUCACUUUCUCCAACGUCAGCGGGAGCCACUUGAACCCAACUAUCACAUUUGCUACGUUCUUCGCUCGUUUGAUUUCCCUUCCUCGCAUGGUCAUCUACAUUUUCAGCCAAACAGCAGGCGGCACUCUGGCAGGCCUCAUGCUUCGAGCAGCUUAUGGGACGCGCGAUUUCACCGCUGGAGGAUGUUCCGUCGACACAAGCCUCGUACCCGUAGACGAGGCGUUUCUUCUUGAAUUUAUUUACUGCCUCGUCCUUAUAUUCCUUUCAUUUGGUGUCGGUCUCGAUCCUAGACAAGGCGCGAUAUACGGUCCUGCUUUAUCCCCAUUUCUGGUCGGCAUGGUUGUUUUUGUUGUAACUUGGGGCUCUGCUUUUACGCGAAUUGGAUAUGCUGGAGCAUCGAUCAAUCCCGCGCGUUGCUUUGGAGUAUACGUGGCGACCUCCUUCCCCAGCUAUCAUUGGAUACAUUGGGUCGGACCAGUUGUCGCUUCCAUUGGUCACGGUAUUGUCUACUACGUUGUUCCUCCGUGGAAGCGCCCGGAUUAA